AUGUCAGUUGGUUUGCAGCCGAUGGAUACACAUGUAAUGUUGAUAUGUUGUUACGGUAAUACAAAUGCCGCUGUCAAUUUGGAAGCCCCAUUUCGAUUUCAGGACUUGGUGAAUCAUGUUUACGAAAAAUUCCCCGGACUCACACCUGCCAAUCUGUGUUAUUUCUUCAAAAUGCCAAGUUACAAUAACUUCACAUUACAGAAUGAUGUCGAUAUGCAGAACAUGAUAUCUCUUGCUCGAUCUUUUCGGGUGCAAUGCAUCGAUGUUAUUAUUGAGGUACCACGUGCGGGAUAUUCAGAAAAUGUUCACUAUCCCAAAAACAAUGUACACAUUGGUCCAUGUCUGUCGGAUGUGUUGUCUGACGAGUCGAAUAUGGAUGACGAACAAGAUUGUUUGGACAAAUAUUGUCCCCACGUCGAUAAGGUGUCGAAAGCCCGUGGUGAAAUGUUCGGUGCACACUUAAUCUCGUUUGACCAAUUACGUUGGUACAGCGAUGCAGUUAUGACUAACAACCCAGGCAGUUAUAUCAACAUUGAGUACGACGAACAACACAACCGUUUCUUAAGGUAUUUCAUAUCAUUCAAAGCAUGUAUUGAUGGUUUCGCCCAUUGUCGACCAAUGCUUUUUUUGGAUGGGACAUUUCUGAAGGGAAAAUUUAAGGGGAACUUGCUAGCCACCACAGCGAAAGAUGGCAACCAAGGUCUAUUCCCUUUAGCCAUAGCCAUUGUUGAUUCCGAAAACACUACAAAUUGGGCUUGGUUUUUAGGACACCUCGCAAACGUUGUAAACAGCCAAAGAGAACUAACAUUUUUGUCCGACCGACACGCAGGCCUGCUGGAAUCAAUCCCAGCCAUAUUUCGCACAGCACAUCACGCAUUUUGCUUAGAACAUUUGCAACGUAACUUGCAAGACAAAUUACGCUACGUCAACAGUUCAUACCGCGCGUGUUUGUUGUCAAAAUUCCGAUCUUGUGCGUAUGCACCAACAGUUGUUGCAUUCAACGAGAAAUUGGAGGAGUUCAUGAAGGCUAGUCCCAAGGCGGCACCAGCUUUCUUAAAAGAUUUAUCGCCACAGUACUGGGCAAAUGCGCAUUUCCGCGGUGCGCGUUAUGGCGAAAUGAGUUCUAAUGCCGUCGAGUCAUUCAACUCAUGGAUACGGGAAGCACGCCACCUCCUAAUCACUCAAUUGCUUGAUAGUAUUCAGACCAAGAUUAUGCGACAGAUGUCCAAACGCCGACUCAAGGCGCAAUCGUGGCCUGGUGUUGUUUGCCCAAAGAUGGAAGAUCAGUUAGUUAAAGCAUACAACAAAGGCAGAUCAUGGCUUCUAAGUCAAUCCAACAAUGAGAUUUUCGAGGUCCACUCUUUUCCAUCAGUAAUGGUUGAUGUGGGAAGGCGUACAUGCUCAUGUUUCCAGUGGCAAAUCAAAGGGUUCCCUUGUGCUCACGCUGUUGUUGCUAUUCGCAACAGCGGACUCGACCUUUAUAAUGUAGUCGAUCCGUAUUACCAUGUGUCGGAGUACCGGAAUUCUUACGCUUGCAACAUACACCCCAUACCCACGGUUGAGAAACCACCAUUUAGCAUUGAAGAUUACAUCAUACAACCACCAGCUGUCAAACGACCACCGGGAAGGCCCAAAAAAAAACGAAUGCUUUCAAGGGGGAAAGAAGUUCAACAGAUUAGAUGCAGCCGUUGCCAACGUUUGGGGAACCACAACAGAAAGACGUGCAAAAAACCAAUUUAG